GUUCGUUUUCGUAGAGUCUUAAAUUCAAAAAACUUUGUUUAGGUGAAUUUCGCGUCCUUCCGCGCAUGUCAAUAAUCCUCACUAUAUAUUUGGUUUUCCUUGUUUGUGGGUCUUCCGAGAGAUCGCUCUUCAAAUUUCCUGUGUAUCAAUAUAAACGUAAAGCCACAAACGAACAGUUGUUUCAGAAAGUUGCCACAAACUGUAGUGAUACUUGCCCACUAGAACACAAUAGCUCUUCACUCGAACAUACUAAAUGUGUUCGUCUUUGUAUGAGCAGAAGCUGCUACAACUCACUUUAUGGCUUUGAUGAACUAGAAGAAGGUGAAAUUGACGUCAGAUUUUCAUCGUUUAAAGGUUGUGUUCUGCAAAAGCUGAAAGAGAAGGGUUUUCGUGUAAUAUAAUUCACUUUCCAGAGAAAUGGACAACAAACCUACGUCGAUAAGAUCAUCUUUGCCUACUGCUACUAAUUCGACAGUUAACUAUCAUGAAGUAUUUAGUGAGUUGGUUCCGGUGCUGACUCAGUGUUUUGGUGUAAUUCUCUUGGGUUAUAUCGCUGGCCUCCUGAAAAUUUUUUCGGAACCCCAAGCUAAGGGACUUAACCUCUAUGUCACUAGAUUCGCUUUGCCCAUUGUAUUUUUUCGUGCCAUGGUAACAAUUAAUUUUUCUGGUGUCUGUUGGUCUUUCGUCAUGGCUAUAUCUAUCAGUAAAUUGAUCGGUUUUAUAAUGGCAAUUACGUUCACGUAUUUAAUCAGUCGACGUUUUCAUCUGGGCAUAGCUGCUAUUGUUGCUAUGUUUGUAUCGCAGACCAAUGAUGUAGCAUUAGCUUAUCCUAUACUCUAUGCUCUUUUCCCUGAUUUGGCUAGUUAUAUUUAUUUAUUUGCGCCAAUCCAACUGAUUGUUCUUAAUCCAUUCGCUUAUUUUCUAUUGGAGCUAGAACGAGUCAGACUAACUAAUAGUGAGCUUAAACCGUUAAUUCAUAGUGAAGAUAGGGAUAUUGAUAGAAGACAAUUAAUAGAUGGUAAAAGCUCGAAUUCAGUCCCAUCAUGUGGUCGAUGCCAACAAUUGACACAGGUUAUGUUCAAUGUUCUCAAGAAUCCUUUAAUUUUCAUGACUUUAAUUGGUAUCAUUUUUAAUCUUAUAUUGAAACACCACUUACCAGUGUAUAUAAAUGGCUUGCUCAGUGUUAUAGCUGACUCCUUCAGUGCGACUGCUUUAUUUUCACUCGGUUAUAGUAUGGUUGGCAAAAUGUCUACUAUCACUCAAAGAGAAGUUUACAUUUUGACAACAAUCCUAUUGACAAAACUUUUGAUUGUUCCUUUUAUUACACGUGAAAUUGUUGUUCAAAUGAUGCCUAUUGCAUUGGCUAAUGAAACAUUACGUUAUUCUACAUUUGGUUUCUUGUAUGGUACUACACCGACAGCCCCACCUGUGUUCUUAUUUGCUGCUGAAUAUCAAGUUAUACCUGUGGCCAUCGGUGUUGGUCUUGUCUUGGGAACAUUCCUAUGUGCGCCGAUUAUGUUUAUUUUUGCACGUAUUAUUACAUUGUACAACGCAGAACCAAGUGAUUAUGCAAGUAUACUCGGUACAACUGUUGAAGAUAUUUCUUGGAUUAGUAUUGUAUGCUGUAUUUGGACAUUGGGUGUACUUUGUGUUAGUCGAAAAGCUAUUCGAGUUCCUAAUCGAUUCACAUUAUGUCAUUUAAUUUGUGUGCUAUUCACUUGUACUGGAUUAUUACUUGGUCGUUUCGUAAAUUAUUAUUAUGGUAUUGAAGAAAGUGUAAACGGUGGAAAAUUGAGUCAACCAAUACGUUGGUUAAAUUACUUGCAUUUUGCAAUAUUCUUUUUUGGUUCUACGGGUACACGUUGUUGGACCACAUUAAUCGCAUUAGUUCUUGUUAUGGAACGUGCACGUAGUCUAUGCUUUGUAUUACGAUAUCAAUUGCAUAUUUACUUAGCUGGCUUCUUAACACCUGCAGUUGUCACUGGCCUACUACUGUUAACAUCAUUUGGUCAUAUGGUGAAAGAUAUCGAUCCGAUUUUUCAAUGUGGUACUAAUCAACUGAUUAUAUCAAUCAUAGUUUUGAUAGUUAAUGCAUCUGGUACUUUAGCCUGUUUAAUCAGUUUUAUACGAAUCGAUGUUCCUGUGCAAGAUUGUUAUGAGAUUAAAGCAUCACCAGAUGUAGCAGAAGGAAUAUGUCGUUCACAACUUUGUCGAAAUUUUAACGAUUUUGACAAAAAUGAUACCAAUCAAACACAACAGUCUCAACAAACUUCUCCGAGUAAUUCAAUCAUUACAGACAGUUAUCGAAUCACUAGAAACAGUGAUGAUUCCGAGUUACUAAGUUGUAGAAAUUCACAAAUUCCACAGUCAUGUGAUUCUGCGAAAUUCUGUAAUCAAUGUGAUAAGAAACAACGAAAAGAAUGUGCCAAAAUUCUUGCACGAUAUUGUGAAACACAUCAACCUUCCAUGAUAUCGUCAACAUCAGCUACGCAUCCAAUAACUCAACAAAUUUCUUUAGGACUUGAGUUGGAUAAUGUUCAUGCCCAGGGAAACAAUAAACCUCCACAUCAUAAACAUGUGAUAUUCUUAAUAUUAAUAUUAGUUACAAUGUUUCUUGGUAUUUGUCUGUGUACUUGGAGGCUUGUACAUGAUGCUCCAACAGGUGUUUACAUAGUUCUCGAAUUUUUGGAUGGUUCUUUUAAUUUUGGUCAAGGUGUAGUUUUAUUUGUAUUAUUUGGCCUGGAUGCAGAUUUGUUUAUUGCACCGAUAAAACGUUUGUAAGUAUAAAACUGAAUUUAAACACCUUACCGCUUUCUACUUACUUACUUACUUUCUGACCCUAAAUCAUGGAUAUAGUACUAGUUGUACUUGUUCUACAUUUCUUCAUAUUUGAAAUCUAUAACGAAAUGUUGUGGAGAUUGUUGAAUAUAUAGUUUCACACCACUGGUUGAUUUUAAUUAGAUAACCACCGAAAACUGGACAACUGUGUUUAUCCCGAUCAGAGACUCCUUGGUGAUGCUCACCCACAAUCUUCCAGUUGUCGAGUGCUUUCUGAUGCUCAGUGGUCGUUUGACCAAAGUUGAUCUGUGAUGUGACACUUUGUGUUUAAAAGUGCUGAGACUAAAAGUAUGUGGCUGUUUGUAUGACUUAAUAGUCAUGUGAAGUGACAUGUUGUAUUAUUCAGUGGUUGAAACGUUACUUAGUAUAGCAGUUUUUAAGCUAAGAGUAUCAAUUGCAAUCUCAUGAAAUUUGAUUUCGUUAUUUCGGGAAAAUCUGUCUGGAUCCCAUUUGAUCGAUUUUUAUUUAAACUAUCAUCACAUAGUCUGUCCCAUGGAAAUAUACGCGGUUGCAAACGAAUAUCUAAUUCUGUCAAACUGAGUUUUUCAAAAGACAGUUAUAAGGAACUUAUAAACUGCUACAUACAUGUAUCUAUUCAAAUUACUACACUAUAUCAUUGAAAUUAUCAAUAUCAGUGGUUAUAAGAAAUGGACAAUACGAUUCAAUAAGAAAGAACAAAUUCACGGAAUAAAAAGUAUGAGAUAAUUUUGAAACUAAAAAUCUAAGAGAAUAUAAAAAUUGGAUAUAUCUACACCAUUAAGGCCUUUCCUGAGUCAAGUCACCCAACGUAUACAAUUAGUGGUUACCAUAACCGCACCGACUCCGACCAAGUAGUCUACAUCUACUAAUACACUUUAGUUCAGUUGUUAACAUCUUCAUGAACUGAUGCCACUUCUCGGCUUGACCUCUCUGUUUUACUAAUGACAUAGCGAUAACAUUUGGGCAAUUAUCCUGAAGCUAGACAUCAUCAGACUGUCAUCUAGUCCUCAUUUGUUGCUUUUUCUUCUACCAUUCUGGAUUGAACACACCAUUCUUCACGUUUUAUAAUGAAAACAAAGUAUUAUUCAGCUAUAUUGACUCAGUAUUCAUUGGUUCAUAUUUUACCGCUUCAGUUAAUUCAUAGUUUAAAACUCUUCAUAUCAACUGUUCAACUUAAUUGAUUUCAAAGAUCACCGACUCCCUACUAUUCUUUCUCUAUAUAAUUCAUCAUUUAAUGAUGUGUUUGUUUUAUUCUUUUUCAAUUAAACAAUUUGUAAAUUCUUAUUUCUUGAAGUCAUUUUCUGUCUUUAUGGUGAAUAGUUUCUAUGCUUUAAAUUGAAAUACCAAUAUCCAAGUCUUUUUCUAAUCACUUACUAAUGAUGCCUAAGAUUAAUGAUUUUUUCUUAAAAUUAAAAAAAGAACUAUUCUAUCAAUAAAAUAUUUUUAUUUACAAUGUUACAUAAUAUCGAUAUUGGGGUCAUAACAUUUAAUCCGACUAAAUGAUGUUGCUAUGUUAUUCGAUUGCAUCUUAUUAGAAUUAUAUGCUCUCAGCUAGAUGAUUUAGUCGUGAAGCUUUUACUAUCUUUAAUACAUGAUCAGUAUGAACUAUAGAUAAUUAGUGUGAGUUAAGAAUUUCUCCACAAUUGACGAACAACUUGUUGUAAUUCAAGAAUCAGAUCAGUUAAAUUUAAGUCAAGUGUAUGAAUAUCUAUUUGGUAAAUAAGUUAUAUAGAUUCAAUGGUAUUAGUAAGAUUGUUUCGGUUCGAUGGUGAAUACUGAUGGGCGGUCUAUCCUCUUUCACGAGGGGUAACAGGUGUAAAUAAGUAAUUCGGUUGUUGUUGUUGUUUGUUUUUUUUCAAAUAGUAACAAAUGUGAUUUGGACAUCAUAAGACAAAAUCUGAACUGUUUUUUUUUUCAUAUUUCCGAGUACUUUCUUUUCCAAUGAUGAUUUCUAUCGAGUACAUGUUUAUGUUUUUUAUUGCUUCUUUUUCAUUUGUCGUUUAUUUGACUAUUACAUUUAUAAACAAAAAACCACCUUAAUCUAUGAAUAUUCACAGUACAAUCAAACGAUUUAUCAUUUUUAUGUAGUACGCUACUGAUACUAUCCACAAAAAUUAGGCCAAACAAUCACAUCUCAAUUGAUUGUAGAGUUAAUCAAUAAUACAGUUUCGUAAACAGCUAUCAAUUGUAAACAUCAUAUCAUUGAAUUCAUCUAUCGAUCUUCUUUCAUUUUUAAAAGUUGGAAAUUGGUUCAUUAAGUCAUCAAAAUUGUACGCCAUAACACCGACAUCUAACAUCAACCCUAUUGACUUUAUAGUUCCGUUAAUACAGUACCAUAACUUUCUAUCGUGAACCUAUACAUAAUUACCAAGUAAUCGUAAGUUACUAAGCUGAAUGCAAAUCAAUUGGAUUCUAUUUAUACUUCUAUUUAUAAAUAAUUGAAUAGAAUCAUCUUACAUGGUUUAACCAAAAUAUUAAUGAAGUACUCCGUUCUCUGUAGAAUUAGCACUUGGAUGCUACUCGAUGAAAUGUACACUAAUUGAAAUUAUAAAACAGUACACGUAGGCAACUUGAAGCCAUGAUCAUCCUACCAAUCAUUGUUUACUUUUGUUUACUUAUGAUAAUCAAUAAUAAUAUAUAUACAUGUAUUCGUUCUUUUUUUAACGUUCUCUCUCGCUCGCUCUCUUCCAUUAUAUUCAUUGCUUGUUGCCAUAUAAAGUUUAUCACGUUGGUUUAGUCAUUUCACCAGUAAACAAUUCAAUGGAAGUUUCAAUGAAGCUUUGCAUCAGACAACUGUUGAUAAGAGUAAAAUUGAUAAAAUAGUGAAUCAGUUUGUGAAAUUUCAUCUAAAAUCAUGUUCAACAAAUAUUGGUACUGGGAAAAUAAUUAAUUCAAUUCACUACGAACAAAUAUUUUAUCAGUACACCCUGGAACAAUGGUUAAUUGCCGCCGGUAUCACUGAUUCCAAUGAAGAGACAUUAUGUUAUAUAGAAUGCCUUGAAUUAGGUAAUAUUAUAACGUGUAUCAGUCCUAUGACAAAUGAAUCAUUUAUGAAUAAAGAUACAACGACUACAAUAUCAAAUACAAAACGCUUGUUAACAUUCACUGCUUAUGCUUGGGGUUUACAUAAUAUAAGUUACUAAAGAAAUUAAUUAUAAUUCAUAGCAGAAACUAUAAUAGUGUUACAUUUUUUCUUGCCUACAUUAUAUAUCUGUUACAAAUAAACAAUAGCUUUCAUAGUUAUCAGAUCAUUGACUGUUCUUGACCAUUACUUACUUACAACAUGUUCAAGCUCACUUGUCUUUCAAUGAUCAUGAGAUGUGUUUUUAUUUGCUUUUCAUAUUCUAAUCCCGAUGGGUUGACGACCAGGAGAGGAAGGAAAAGUAACAUCUCUCAAUAUAACAACUUCAUAGUCUAACAAAACACAGUGAUAGUUGUUUAUUCCAGCUUUUUUUCUUUUCAAUAUCAUUCCAAUGUUUGUGUAUUUUCUUCCCUGACCAUUGACAAACUGAGAUUACCCAUCUGUUCUUGUCAUGUUGAACUUUUGUGUUUUUUUCGUUUGUUUUGUUUUAAAAUUUGUUGUUGCUGUUGCCGCUUUUCUAGUCUACACUUUUUUGGUUGCAUCUUUGUAUGUAUGUUUGUUGACUGCUGUCUGUUUUAACACUGAUAAUAAUUAGUUAAUUAAAACAAUAAUUGUUUAGUUUAACUAAGCUAUCUAUCUAAUGAAUUAGGAAAUAUGCAUAUAUAUGACUGGUAUAUUUCAUAGUUAUUAAUGUAAUAUGCUAAUAUGGCACAAAAUACCUCUUAACAAAAAAUGUCCAUAACAACUAUGU